CCCGUUUUACCGCAGUGUCAACGGGUUUCAUGUAUUAGCUGCUGCGCAUCAGAACUAUAACGCAGAUUGAGCGCCGAUAUUCUAAUCGUUCAUAAAAUUAAAUGAUUGUCGGUAAUACCCCCGGUCUAACUAUUGAUAUCAUCCCGCCUGAUGUGACUGGAUAUUGUUUUAAAACUCGAGCUCUCAUCCGGUCGUUCGUCCUCCGUCAGUUGACAGACUCAACGUCAAACAGCGCGAGUCGGAUACUCCGCUUCAUUCAUCUGGGUACGGAUUACAGCCGCACGGACCGCUAGCAGCAGCAUGGCUAAAGAGGAUGAACGGAAAGGUUCCGGGGAGUGGAAGGAGUUCUUCUGGAACCCGCGAACGCACGAAUUCCUGGGUCGGACCGCGAGCAGCUGGGGUCUGAUCCUGCUGUUCUACCUGGUGUUCUAUAUCUUCCUGGCGGGAAUGUUUGUUCUGACCAUGUACGUCAUGUUGCUCAGCCUGGACGACUACCAGCCAACGUACCAGGACCGCCUGACCACUCCAGGGAUGAUGAUCCGCCCUCGGGGGGAGGCUCUGGAGAUUGUGUACAAUCGGGACGAUCCGGACAGCUGGAGGUCCUAUGCCACUGCCCUAGACAUCUUCCUCUCACCCUACAAUGACUCCCAGCAGGCGCGGACCAACGACGUGUGUGUUCCAGAUCGCUACUUUGUGCAGGAGGACAGUGGCGAGGUGAGGAACAACCCCAAGCGCUCCUGCCAGUUCAACCUCUCCUCACUGGAGGAAUGUUCCGGGCUCAGCGACCCGUCCUAUGGAUACGCCCACGGCAAGCCCUGUGUUCUCAUCAAGCUCAACCGGGUUAUUGGAAUGUUACCAGGAAAGGAUGGCCAGUCUCCAUAUGUCAGCUGUGGAGCAAAGAAAUACAAAGUGGGAAAAGGUGAAUGGAAAGAGGACUCUGACAGCAUCGGGGAGCUCUCUUAUUUCCCCCCAAAUGGAACCUUCAACCUCAUGUACUUCCCCUACUAUGGCAAGAGGGCCCAGGUGAACUACACACAGCCCCUGGUUGCUGUGAAGUUCCAGAGCAUCUCCAUGAACACAGAUGUGAACAUCGAGUGUCAGAUCAACUCUAACACCAUCGCCACGGGCAACGAGAGGGACAAGUUUGCAGGACGUGUCUCCUUCAAACUAAGGAUCAGCACAAAAGACUAGAGCAACACACACACGUACACACACAGACACACUCACAGACACAUACACACACACACACAGGAAAGCACAAACUCCCUGUCAAUAACGCACAAGUAUCACUGCCAAUACAUGGUACAACAGCAUGGAGGAGAGAGGAGAGGAGGUGGGGGGAGAGAGGAGAUGGG